AGGAUUUCCCGUGGCACUUACUUGUUGUUGAUCGUGAGCGACUUCGUAUUUAAAUGUCGACAUAAAUACUUAUCUUUGGAAGGAAUUUGUUGUUGAUCUUGCUUCCAAGUGAACAAACCAACAUUUGAAAACCAAAAUGCCACCAAAACAGCGCAAGAUCGCUUUAAUGGGCUUCAGAUCUGUCGGAAAAUCUUCUUUGACAAUCCAGUUUGUUGAAGGCCAGUUUGUCGACUCAUAUGACCCCACCAUAGAAAACACUUUUACAAAAACCUUCAAGGUCAGAGGUCAAGAUUUUCAGCUCCAACUUGUAGACACUGCUGGUCAAGAUGAAUAUUCUAUAUUUCCACAAUCAUAUACUGUAGAUAUCCAUGGUUACGUCCUAGUCUAUUCUGUUACUUCAAACAAAAGUUUUGAAGUGAUAAAAGUUAUACAUGAAAAGUUAUUAGAUAUGAUAGGCAAGGUUCAGUAA